AUGAAAGAGUCAGACCUACCGCCGGCCUACGGGAGCACAUCCAAUCUCUCUUCACAAAUAGAGAUCCCUCGACUUCCUCGAAAAGUCGCUCUACGACAAAUCUACUCUGAUUUCAUAAAAUAUCUCUACGAUCAUACGCAAGAAUUCUUCGUCGAAAGUACACCGAAUGGUCAAAACAUUUGGGAUCGUCUGGAAUCCAAGAUUAUCGUCAUCUUUUGUCACCCCAACGGGUGGGAUAUAUCACAGCAAUCUUUUCUUAGUGACUGUGCAGUGGGUGCCGGUAUUGUAAGCGAAGAUGAAGUGGAGUCUAGGAUCGACUUUGUCACAGAGGGAGAGGCCUCGGUGCAUUAUGCACUCGCUUAUUCACCAUCAACGAAUUGGCUUCAGGCAGGGCGGCUGUUUGUGGUCGUCGAUGCCGGUGGUUCGACGAUAGACAGUAAUCUCUACGAGUGCAA